CGGAAUGCUUCCUGUUUUGGUUAUAACAACGUUGACAGGUUGAAAUUUGUAGCUUGAUUGGAAAUUAUUGUUCUUAGAGUCAGCUUUCAUAUUCAUAUCUACCUACAAGAGCAAUAUGAGCCAAUUAUAACUGCGUGUCUCAUGACUCUCAACGUGUCGACAUGGACAGUCGUUGUUAUUGUUGUGCAUCGAAAUUCAGUCUCUUCAAGAAGGAGCUCGGCUGUAAGAAUUGUGGCCGCUCCUUCUGCUCCAGCUGUUUGACUUUCAGUGCUGUGGUACCUCGCGGUGGCAACACCCAGCAGAAGGUCUGCAAACAGUGCCAUGGUAAUCUGACAAGAGGGGGAUCUCCAAAUGAUGCUGGAAAAUGGUCUCCUCCUGAAAAUUACAAAAAACGAGUCGCUGCAUUUGAGGCCAAGCAGCAGGAACAGGCGACAAAGCCUGUUGCACAUGGAGGCAAUAAAAACAGCAAAGGAGGCCAUUUACUAGCCAAAGGCCUGAGUAAAGAAGAUCAGGCUAUUGCUGAAAGACUUCAAAAGCUGAAGGAGGACACCAUACCAAAGUCUGUGCCCUCUGAGAAAGACCUUGAGUCUCGCCUUGCUGCUCUGAAAGCUCCCAGCCGCCCAGUGCCUUCUGUUGGGGAGAUGGAGGAUCGUCUGGCAGUUCUACGGGGUCAGCCUCCGCCAUCUCAAGCUUCUCCACCCGUGUACCAGCCUCCAGCUAACAGGACUCAGACUGAACAAGCCAAUGAUCUGAUUACUCAGAUGACAGAGGAAGUUGCCAUUGACAACCAGCAAUCAAAUCCUGAAUGCAGUGUAGAUGGUGGGAUGAAUGAUCUCAAUAAAGGGGAGGGGGGAACAUUGGAUGAGAAUUUGGAGGAAAACCAGGAGUCGGCCAAACAGUUGGAGGCUGAGAAGGCCAGUCUGCUGGAGGAAGCCAUGCAGGAGCUGAGGAAGGAGCAGCAUUCCCAGGAUCAGGUCCUUCAUAUGGCCAAGAGGCUGGCGCAGUUGAAAGGGCAGGAUCCAGACAAAGUUACUAUGGAGGACUUUCAGCAUCCUGACAGUGACGAGGAGACAGAGGAAGAAGCUGUUCUGAGAGUGUUAAAACAGCUCUCUGAAGAGGCUGCAUUGGAUGAAGCCAGUGGCUACAACAUACCUUUAGAGCAGAGUGGACCAAAAAACACUGAAAAAGAAAAAGCUCCUAAGAAAGUGACUCCAGCACCUAAGAGUAGGGUUUCACCAGCUGCUGUUGCACACCAGCUAUCAGACAGUGAUGAGGAAGAGCUUCCAUGGUGCUGCAUCUGUAACCAAGAUGCCACCCUUCGCUGUCACACCUGUGAUGGAGACCUGUACUGCAGCCGCUGCUUCAGGGAAGGACAUGAUAAAUAUGACAGGAUGGAGCAUCGCACCAGUAACUACACUGCACCAAAGAAGAAGAGGAAGACAUGAUAGUGAGACUGUGCUGUAGGUUUGUGCCUUAUCGGGCUCUGGUCAGUCAUCACUGUUAAAACUUAAGUGAUUUAGACUUAAGUGACCUAUUAUUGUUGUUAAUAAAACUGCUUCAGAAGAUUUAAACACAACCUGUUCUCUAAAGCAAGCCAGAACCUCUAAUUUUAACUUCAACUUAUCCAGUUUGUCUAAAAUGGUUAUAAACAUGUGUUUGUGUAGACCACAGGAAGAGCAGCAUCUGAUUUCUGUAGUUACCAACAGACUAAUGCAACAAAUCAAAAACUGUGGUUAACAUUUAUGGGAAAGCAAAGACUAGACAUAAACUUCAAUGUAAAUGUAAUAAAAUAUGUAUAAUGUGAAAA